AUGGUACUCAUCAUCACAUACACGGGUACAUUGUUCCUUGAGCCUAUCAUCUCAAACUAUCAUCGUCACAUCCAGUUUUUUAUCAAUCGCCCCUUGAUUUCCUUCUGUCUUGUGCCGUUCCCUGCAUUAGUAGAAGCUGGCCUUGAUAUUACUCCCUAUGUUCAGAACCUUGGUUGGACCCCUUUCCUUGAUGCUCCUCUAACGACGUCGUUCUGCCCUGAAAUUAUUCAACUGUUCUAUUCCAAUCUUCAAUCCCCUGGGUUGUCAUCUCGUUCCUUUCACUCUCUGGUCUUUGGCCAUGCCUUCGCUAUUCAUAUUGAUGAUCUCAGCAUGCUCUUGCAUAUUCCUGUUCAUGGGGCUACUUUAGCCGAUGAGUCCGAAUUUCCCCUGUUUGCUUUCAACAUUGCCGAGGAAUUUCUUGCUAUUACUGGCCAUCCUCCAGAACCAAAUAACACUUUACCUGUCACUGUCCUUCCCCCACCCCUUCGUCUCCUCCACUAUUACAUUGUUCGAGUCUUUCUUCCCAGAGAUCACUCUGUUACGACUAUUCUCCCUCUCGAUCUUUGGAUCAUCUCGAAUGCUGUGCAUGGUACCCCUCUGAAUUACUUUAACUUAUUUUUUGGGUCCCUACUGCGAUUUACUGAACCUGUCCUAGGUGAAGCUCUGCCUUUCGGUCCCCUUGUGUCGACCAUUCUCGUUCACCUUGAGAUAAACCUGUCAUCCUUUAUCACUUUCAAUCCUGUGUUCUCCCCUAUGGUUGCGGAUAUUCUUGAAGCUCUGGAGAUUGCGAUUGAAGGGGAGGAACCUCUUGACGACAACAGUGGAGACAAGGACACUGUCAAGGAAGAAGUCGACAGCAGCACUAGUGUUAGUUCCAGUGAGAGCAGUGACACCAACAACAACAACACUAGUGAUGAUGUUUAA